CGGCUGAGCACUCGGCGCCGCGCAGCCAGGUCUCCAGCCUGCGCGGCGCCGUGACAGGUGCAGAGUCCCGGCUGAGGCUCCACCUGCGGCGGUCGCCGCGAUGCCCACCAUGCGGAGGACAGUGUCGGAAAUCCGCUCCCGCGCGGAGGGUUAUGAGAAGACUGACGACGUCUCGGAGAAGACUUCACUGGCUGACCAAGAGGAAGUACGGACUAUAUUCAUCAACCAACCCCAGCUGACAAAAUUCUGCAAUAAUCAUGUCAGCACUGCAAAAUACAACAUAAUCACAUUCCUUCCAAGAUUUCUCUACUCUCAGUUCAGAAGAGCUGCUAACUCAUUUUUUCUCUUUAUUGCACUGCUUCAGCAAAUACCUGAUGUAUCCCCAACAGGUCGCUACACAACCCUGGUUCCUCUCUUAUUUAUUUUAGCUGUGGCAGCUAUCAAAGAGAUCAUAGAAGAUAUUAAACGUCAUAAAGCUGAUAAUGCAGUGAACAAGAAACAGACACAAGUUUUGAGAAAUGGUGCUUGGGAAAUUGUGCACUGGGAAAAGGUGGCAGUAGGGGAGAUAGUGAAAGUGACCAAUGGGGAACAUCUCCCAGCAGAUCUCAUCAGCCUGUCCUCAAGCGAGCCCCAGGCCAUGUGCUACAUUGAGACAUCCAACUUGGAUGGUGAAACAAACCUGAAAAUUAGGCAGGGCUUACCAGCAACAUCAGAUAUAAAAGACAUUGACAGUUUGAUGAGACUUUCUGGCAGAAUCGAGUGUGAAAGUCCAAACAGACAUCUGUACGAUUUUGUUGGAAACUUAAGGCUUGAAGGACAUAGCACUGUCCCCCUGGGAGCAGAUCAGAUUCUUCUUCGAGGCGCCCAGUUGAGAAAUACACAGUGGGUUCAUGGAAUAGUUGUCUACACUGGACAUGACACCAAGCUGAUGCAGAAUUCAACAAGUCCACCACUUAAACUCUCAAAUGUGGAACGGAUUACAAAUGUACAAAUUUUGAUUUUAUUUUGUAUCUUAAUUGCCAUGUCUCUUAUCUGUUCUGUGGGCUCAGCCAUUUGGAAUCGGAGGCAUUCUGGAAAGGACUGGUAUCUCAACCUAAAUUAUGGUGGUGCUAAUAAUUUUGGACUGAAUUUCUUGACCUUCAUCAUCCUUUUCAACAAUCUCAUUCCAAUCAGCUUACUGGUUACAUUAGAAGUGGUGAAAUUUACCCAGGCAUACUUCAUAAAUUGGGAUCUCGACAUGCACUACGAACCCACAGACACUGCUGCUAUGGCUCGAACGUCGAAUCUGAACGAGGAACUCGGCCAGGUAAAAUACAUAUUCUCUGACAAAACUGGUACUCUGACCUGCAAUGUAAUGCAGUUUAAGAAGUGCACCAUAGCUGGAGUUGCUUAUGGCCAUGUCCCUGAACCUGAGGAUUAUGGCUGUUCUCCCGAUGAAUGGCAGAGCUCACAGUUUGGAGACGAAAAAACAUUUAGUGAUACAUCAUUGCUGGAAAACCUCCAAAAUAAUCACCCAACCGCACCUAUAAUAUGUGAAUUUCUUACAAUGAUGGCAGUUUGUCACACAGCAGUACCAGAGCGAGAAGGUGAUAAGAUUAUUUACCAAGCAGCAUCUCCAGAUGAAGGAGCAUUGGUCAGAGCAGCCAAGCAACUGAAUUUUGUUUUCACUGGAAGAACACCGGACUCAGUGAUUAUAGACUCAUUGGGACAAGAAGAAAGAUACGAAUUACUCAAUGUUCUGGAAUUCACCAGCGCGAGAAAAAGAAUGUCUGUGAUUGUUCGCACUCCAUCCGGGAAGUUACGACUUUACUGCAAAGGAGCUGACACUGUAAUAUAUGAUAGACUGGCGGAGACUUCAAAAUACAAAGAAAUUACCCUGAAACAUUUGGAGCAGUUUGCUACAGAAGGGUUAAGAACUUUAUGUUUCGCGGUUGCUGAGAUUUCGGAGAGCGACUUUGAGGAGUGGCGCACGGUCUACCAGCGGGCGUCCACAUCGGUGCAGAACCGGCUGCUGAAGCUCGAAGAGAGUUAUGAGUUGAUUGAAAAGAAUCUUCAACUACUUGGAGCUACAGCCAUUGAGGAUAAGUUACAAGAUCAAGUGCCUGAAACUAUAGAAACUCUCAUGAAGGCAGACAUCAAAAUCUGGAUCCUUACAGGGGACAAGCAAGAAACUGCCAUUAACAUUGGACACUCCUGCAAACUUCUGAAGAAGAACAUGGGAAUGAUUGUUAUCAAUGAAGGCUCUCUUGAUGCAACGAGGGAAACGCUCAGUCGCCACUGCACUACCCUUGGUGAUGCUCUUCGAAAAGAGAAUGACUUUGCUCUUAUUAUUGAUGGGAAAACCCUCAAAUACGCCUUGACUUUCGGAGUAAGACAGUAUUUCCUGGACUUGGCUUUGUCGUGCAAAGCUGUUAUUUGCUGCAGGGUUUCUCCUCUUCAAAAAUCUGAAGUUGUUGAGAUGGUUAAGAAACAAGUCAAAGUCAUAACGCUUGCAAUUGGCGACGGAGCCAACGACGUCAGCAUGAUACAGACAGCGCACGUCGGGGUCGGGAUAAGUGGCAACGAAGGCCUUCAGGCAGCUAAUUCUUCUGAUUACUCCAUAGCUCAGUUCAAGUACUUGAAGAAUUUAUUGAUGGUGCAUGGUGCCUGGAACUAUAACAGAGUCUCCAAGUGCAUUUUGUACUGCUUCUACAAGAAUAUAGUCCUCUAUAUUAUUGAGAUCUGGUUUGCCUUUGUUAAUGGCUUUUCUGGGCAGAUCCUCUUCGAGAGAUGGUGUAUCGGUCUUUAUAAUGUGAUGUUUACAGCAAUGCCUCCCUUAACUCUCGGAAUAUUUGAGAGAUCAUGCAGAAAAGAGAAUAUGUUGAAGUAUCCUGAAUUAUACAAAACGUCUCAGAAUGCCCUGGACUUCAACACCAAGGUUUUCUGGGUUCAUUGUUUAAAUGGCCUCUUCCACUCAGUUAUUCUGUUCUGGUUUCCACUAAAAGCCCUUCAGUAUGGUAAUGUAUUUGGAAAUGGGAAGACCUCUGAUUAUCUGCUGUUGGGAAACUUUGUUUACACGUUUGUGGUGAUAACUGUGUGUCUGAAAGCCGGAUUGGAGACGUCAUAUUGGACAUGGUUCAGCCACAUAGCGAUUUGGGGCAGCAUCGCACUCUGGGUGGUGUUUUUUGGCAUCUACUCGUCUCUGUGGCCUGCCGUUCCGAUGGCUCCCGAUAUGUCAGGAGAGGCUGCCAUGUUGUUUAGUUCUGGCGUCUUCUGGAUGGGCCUGUUGUUUAUCCCAGUGGUAUCUUUGCUUCUUGAUGUGGUGUACAAGGUGAUCAGGAGGACUGCUUUUAAAACGUUAGUAGACGAAGUUCAGGAGCUGGAAGCGAAGUCCCAAGACCCAGGGGCAGUUGUGCUGGGAAAAAGCCUCACGGAGAGAGCACAACUACUCAAGAACGUCUUUAAGAAGAACCAUGUGAACUUGUACCGGUCAGAAUCAUUACAGCAAAACCUGCUCCAUGGGUAUGCUUUCUCACAAGAUGAGAAUGGAAUCGUGUCACAGUCUGAGGUGAUUCGAGCAUACGACACCACAAAGCAGAGACCCGAGGAGUGGUGAUGGGACAGGGGCUGCGAGGCAGGGGCUACUAGGACUCUAAAGGGGAGUUCCCAGGUCUUACCGGAUCUGCUGACCAAUUCCAGUCUGGUCCCGGAAGGCGAAAGUGGAUCUGAGCUCAUCUCGUUGAUCGACCGUCAGAUUCGUGUAUAUUAGACAUAAGCACUGUGCAACUCUACUGUAACACCAUCUCUUUCAGAUUUUUUAAAGUAUUUGCUAAGUCUUUGUAAGCAGAAAUUGAAAAUGACCUUGUAUCUUGCCAGAAUGCUUUCUUAAACUGAGACUCGGUCAGUACUCUUAUGCCGCUACUCUGGGGCUGUAACUAACGGGAUUUAUUGGCUAUACCACAAGGUGACCAACCACGAGAAAACUCUAAAGUGGUAAUAAUUUAUAGGGACUCUUGAUAUCCAGACUUAGAUUUCAGAAUAUGCUGG